AAUCUUUUCACUUGCAGUUUGCGGUCCUGCCUGUGUCACACACACUGCCUAUUUCCUUGUUUAUAUUGCACAUCCUGCAAUUACCUCAAUGCAACGCGUUGUAUGCAAUGGCUUUUGUAAAGAAGAAAGAACGAUCCAAGGAAAGGUUUUCUCUGUUACUACUUGACCUUGAGGAGUAUUAUUUUGAGCAGCACACAGCCUAUCGGGUGAUCCACAAUAAUGAAGCAGAGAAAAGCAAAGUCAGAGGCUCCCUAAAGAUCUGUUCUAAAUCACUUAUUUUUGAGCCGGAACCAAUAGCAGAACCUAUCAUAAAGAUUCCAUUGAGGGACUGCAUCAAAAUUGAAGAACUAGACCAGAAGGAACAGAAUCCUUUUAUUGAAAAAAAAGAAGAUGAAUUCACUGUAUUAUGUCGUCAGGUUUGUUAUAUCAAGGAAAACAAUAUUGUGGCUCCACAUAAAAUUCUAAGAGGGGAACAUGAGUUUUUCUUUCAACUGGAGGCUUCUGGAAAAACAGAAGAUGUUGUUCAAACUUUACUGCAGCUUUACAGAGCAUCUUGUCUUGAUAAGCUGGGGGAUCAGACUGCCAUGAUUGAAGCCAAUUUGCAGUCUCGUUUGGCUAGAACAUCUUUCGAUAAAAACAGCUUUCAGUGUGUUUCUGAAAAACCUCACAUGGAAUGCGAAGCUGAAAUGGUGACACCCUUAGUUACCAACCCAGGACAUGUGUGCAUCACUGACCAGAACCUUUAUUUCCAGCCACUGAGUGGGUAUCCUGAGCCGGUUGUGCAAAUCAAGUUACGCAGUAUAAGACGCAUCUAUAAAAGAAGACAUGGUCUAAGGCCAUUGGGCCUUGAAGUCUUUUGCACGGAAAACGACUUGUGUUCUGAUGUGUACUUGAAAUUGUACAACUCCAAAGAUAGAGAUGAGCUGUAUUAUUACAUCGCAACAUUUCUAGAAAACCACAUGGCUGAGCACACUGCUGAAAGCUACAUGCUGCAGUGGCAGAGGGGGCAUAUAACCAACUACCAGUACCUCCUUCACCUUAAUAAUCUGGCGGACAGGAGCUGCAAUGACCUUUCACAAUAUCCUGUCUUUCCCUGGGUAAUAGCUGAUUAUAGCAGUGCAGAAUUGGACUUGAUGAACCCUGAAACAUUCCGGAACUUGAGCAAACCAGUCGGUGCACUAAAUGAAGAAAGGCUGGAAAGGCUGUUGGAACGUUACAGAGACAUGCCAGACCCCAAAUUCAUAUAUGGAAGCCAUUAUUCGUCUCCAGGAUAUGUUUUGUUCUACCUUGUAAGAGUUGCCCCAGAGUAUAUGCUGUGUUUACAGAAUGGGCGGUAUGACCAUGCUGACAGAAUGUUUAACAGCAUUGCAGAGACCUGGAAAAACUGUUUAGACGGUGCAACAGAUUUCAAAGAGUUGAUUCCAGAGUUUUAUGGAAGUGAUCCCAGCUUUAUAGUGAACAGCCUGAAACUGGACCUGGGGAAGAAACAAGGAGGGAAGAUGGUGCAAGAUGUUCACCUUCCUCCAUGGGCAAAUGAUCCAGAGGGUUUUCUUCAGAAAAACAGAGAAGCCUUGGAGAGUCAGUAUGUCUCGGAGCAUCUUCAUGAGUGGAUCGAUUUGAUCUUUGGCUUCAAACAAAAAGGAAGUGAAGCCAUUGCUGCACACAAUGUAUUUCAUCCUUUGACAUAUGAAGGAAGCAUAGACUGUGACAGUAUUGAAGAUCCGGAUCAGAAAAUUGCAAUGUUGACACAGAUCUUGGAGUUUGGGCAGACACCUACGCAGCUGUUUACCUCGCCUCAUCCCCAAAGAAUAACACCAAAGUUUCAAAACCAGUCCAGGACACCCAGCCGGAGCACCUCCUUCCAUGAAUUAUCACCAGCCUCUACAAGCCAAGAUUCCUCCUUUGAGGAUUUGACAGAAGAAAGCAAAAAACUUUCAUGGAGCAACAUCAGGAAAUUAAAAAUGGUGUCCAAGAACAAAAUCCACAAAGAGGCAGUUACAGGAGUGGCUGUUACUUGCAAUGGUUCUUCAGUUUUUACAACUUCUCAAGAUUCAACCCUGAAGAUGUUUUCCAAAGAAUCGAAUGCAUUGAAAAGAAGCAUGUCUUUUUCUAAUAUGGCUCUAUCAUCUUGCUUGAUGCUUCCAGAAGAUACAACAGUUGUAUGUUCAUCAUGGGAUAAUAACGUAUAUUUUUAUUCAGUUGCUUAUGGAAGAAGACAGGGUACUAUCAUGGGACAUGAUGACGCUGUGAGCAAAAUCUGUUGGCGUGACAAUCGAUUGUACACAGCAUCCUGGGACUCUACUGUUAAGGUGUGGAGCUGCACUCCUGACGAUAUUUCAAGCAACAACAGAAAUCAAUUUCAACUUUUGGCUGAGCUCGAACAUGAAGCUGGUGUAAAUGCAAUGCAUUUGAACCCUGCAGGAACGAUGUUGGUAUCUGCAACCAAGGAAGGGUCUGUUAGCAUAUGGGACAUCACUACGUUCGGGUUGCUUCAUCAGGUUUCAUGCCAUUCAGGGACAGUCUAUGAUAUUGCUUUUAGCCCUGAUAGCAGACAUAUCCUCAGUGUCGGAGAAAACAGAUGCUUGAAAGUGAUUGAUGUGCAAACAGGGAUGCUCAUUUCCUCUGUAGUUUCAGAGGAGCAACAAAGGUGCUUCUGCUGGGAUGGGUACACUGUUCUGUCAGGUAGUCAGUCUGGAGAGCUGAUGAUAUGGGACUUAAUAGCUGGGAAGUUUACAGAAAGAAUUCCUGGGCAUUCAGGCCCUGUUACAACCAUGUGGAUGAAUGAACAGUGUAGCAGCGUCAUAACGGGUGGAGAAGACAAACAAAUAAUUUUCUGGAAACUGCAAUUUUAAUACUUCUUCAAGUGCCUUUAGUUUUGAAAGCUUAAAAUAUUUAACAAGAAUGCUCAUAUAUUUUAAAAUAACUACAUAUCACUCUUAUUUUUCCAAUGUGUAAUUGUGACUUGAGAGAUAUGUCAUGGAGAAUAGUCUGCACUAGUUUACAGUUGUUGUUUUAAUGUUUUAUGACAUUAUAGGGUACGAUUCUCCACUGUGGUCAAGUUGCACAUUCAGUUAAUUCAGAGUGGGCAGUAUGAUCACAGUGGGCAGUAUAUCCCUUACUAGUAUGCACUAAAAUGCAAUAUUAUGCUGACAUAAAGGUGUGUGCACAGUGAAGAGAUUGCUGUGUCUCAGUAAGAAAGACAUUUUUCUUAUUAUUUGUUGUCUAUUAUUCUUUUUUUUUGUUCUCCUCUGUAAGAAUAUUGUUUUGAAGCUUAUGACGUGCCUUCGAUAAUUUAGGGCAUUCUUGUUUUUUAAAUAGUCAUGUCUGACAAUGAUGCAAACCGAGUACCGUAUAUAAAUGAAAUACAGUGGAACCCCAGAGUUACGAACACCAAACCUAUGACCUGACCGGUCUAAUGAACACCCCGCUUUCAGCCGGAAGUAUGCAAUCACUAACCAUGAGUGCAAUGCAACCAGAUAGCCGCUCCUAAUAAGAUAAUUACUGUAUCAACAAAUGUAUUUUCAAGCCAAAGGAGCUAAGCUGCACGAAUGCAUUUUGUUUAAAACACGCACUACGUUAACCCAGGUUUUCAUGGACGUUUCAAUGUGUGCUUUUGUUAGUUACAAUUUUAAUGGUAACUUAAAUGUAGCCUUUUUUCCAUUUAUAGUACUGUUUUAAAGACUUUAGAGCCAUAACAAUACGAGUAUUGUAUUACUGUAGUGUAUCCUUGUUUAUUCACCAGAUUGAGGGUGUAGAUAGCAGGUGUCCACAUUUAAUAAAACCAUUGAAAAUUCAUAUUUAAUUUACAACCAUUUCAGUCUUAAGAACAUCCUCCAUUCUCAAGGUGUUCGUAACUCUGAGGUUCUACUGUAUACAACUAUUUUAAGCUAAUAAUGUAGCCGAUUUUAGACUAUCCUAGUAGAUGACCCUGUAUUGCAGAUACAUCUGUCUGAAUUUUACAGGUGACUCCAAAAAUGGUGAGUAGGUUCAUGUGGCAAAACUGCUUUGAUCUCUUUAGAUUCAAUGAAUUAGUAUGUCUGUAAUAUACCUGCAUGAACACUUUAUACUACAUACUGUUAAUAUUCAUGACGUUACAAAGUGGUGUAUAUGCAAUCAAACACCAAGGGCUUUAUUUCAAAGACAAGGCAAAUGCUUCAACAGGUUUGAAAUAAAAAAAAAGCCUAGAACAUGUGUAUUAACCUGCAUCAUACAAACGUCAUUGAUUUACCCCACCCAUCAUCCAGUUUUAUGUAGCCCUUAGCCUGAUGCUGUCCCACCCUAGUCUCCAGCAGUAAACUGUGUAUUUUUGUCAGUCAACUCAUCAACAACGCUGCUAUGUAGAGUAUCAUAAAUUUGAAUAUACAAUAAAAUGAUGCAUGCAAAUGUUAUUUUAAAUGCAGAUUUAACAUUGUAACAUAUUGCACUAUUAUUUAUAUUGUACACAACUUAAGGUGUAUUAUAUUUACAGUAUGGAUCUGAAGCUCAAAUUUAGAAAGGUUGUCAUUUCGUAAAUAUUAGGAGAUGCCAUUUACACCAUGUAGGGUUGUUUUGUUUUUGUUUGUUUUUUAAAUCAGACACGUGCUGUCAAAGCCAUUCAAACUAAGUUGACUUGCAUGACCACAUUUCAUUGAGGAUAAGAUCUAGUGUCUGUUGACAAUCAUUCUUGUGUGGAUAGGAAAUGGGAUAAAAGAUGAGUAACCUUCUUGAUUAUAAUAUUAUCAUUCCAGUAGCAUGUGUAUUUAUAUUUUUCUCAACAUCCAAUUAUUUUUUCUCAUUCCAAAUUCAGUGGUGUAGAACUGGAAAGACAGGUAUGAAUUCUAUUCUGUAGUAAAGAACUACUAAAUUUCAACAACAUAGUGAGGAAUAAAAAUAAUUUCUGUUGAAAAACUAUGUAUGUCGCCAUGAAAUAAAAAAAAUCAAGAAAAAUAAAAUAAUUUCGGAUUUGAUAGCAAUUUCUGAAAUAAUAAGAACACAAAAACUGAACAUUUCCUUAGUGGGGGAAUGGCCCGUUACUUCAAAGGUACACUAGCAGUGGCCUGUACUAUUUAAAAAUAGUUUAAAUGACAAUAAUAAAUUUGGUCUAUGGUAUUAAGAUUAUUUAAUUUAACUUAUACUGGUUUUACCUUAUACUGCCAAGUUUAAAAAACAUGUAUUCCUGAUCUUUUUGUUUAGUUUUGUUUUAUCAUGUGUAUACAUCUUUGAAAGCAAUGCUUGGGGCUGGAGUGUUUUUGGAAUUUUGCCUACUCAAGUAAUAAAACUAUUGCACAGUACAAACCAUUA